CUUCCUCAACUCGCCCUCUCUUCUGCUAAACGCUGAUGUGUUACUAGCGUCAGACGUCAAGUCUGCAAAAAUGUUCAAUUUCGGAUCAAAAUUGUUGCUGCUUUUUCUCCUGGCUUUCCCUUGUGGGCUAAUAACUGUCGGGCAUGUCUAUGCAGACUCAGACUCAGGUGAAGACAUUAUUGACGAGGCUGCAGUAGAUGAUGACGAAGAUGAAGAGGAGGUUCUUGUUGAAGAAGAUCAGAUGCAAAACUCAGAAGGAAAUGAAGAGUACUCGGAUGAAGCGACAGAUAAACUCAUAACGUCUCACUCUGAUGCCGACACUACCAUCAUUUUCACAGCAGGAGAAGAUUUUCCUGCCAAUGAGAUUGUGAGGUUCUUAGUGGGUUUCACCAAUAAAGGCAGCCAGGCUUUCACUGUUCAGUCGCUGGAGGCCUCCAUCCGUUACCCCCAAGACUUCCAGUUCUUCAUUCAGAAUUUCACAGCUUUGCCCCUGAAUACUGUAGUCCAGCCUCAGGCUCAGGCCUCCUUCGAGUACUCUUUCAUCCCACCACAAAACAUGGCCGGUCGUCCCUACGGUCUUGUUAUCCUCCUCAGCUACCAUGACACUGAGGGUACUGCGUUCCAGACUGCCAUUUAUAACCAGACGGUCACUAUCACUGAGCGGGAAGAGGGACUGGAUGGAGAAACAAUGUUCAUGUACGUGUUCCUUGUUGGACUGGUGGCCCUGAUGGUCUUUGGGAUGUACCAGGUUCUGGAGUCUAGGACGAGGAAGAGGAUUUCUGUUAAAAUAGAGAAGGGCACAACUGGAAUUAAUGACGUUGACAUCAGCUGGAUUCCUCAGGAGACUCUCAAUGCCAUGAGUAAGGCUUCUCCUAAAACGUCUCCAAGGAAACGAACCAAAAGGGCAGCUGGUGUCGACCAAUAAAACAUCUGCCUGCCUCCAUCCUUUUUCUUAUUGUCCAUCAGACUUUCAAAUCUUCUUACCACAGCAUCCUGAAUUCUAUUUACAAAGGAUCAUCAUUUUUGCAAGUUUUCAGCCUAAGCAGUGAGUUAAAGAUGUCCAUAUGGAUAUCUGACUCAGUCUGUUGAGCAUACUUUUUUUUAUUCUUGUGAAUAUAAAAUUGAUUAAAAAUACACCAGCGAGUGAUUAAAUUAGGAAGAUGUGGUACAGACUGCUUUCUUGAAGGGGGCUGUGUGUAUCACAUGAAUGCUGUGAGUCAGAAUUGUUGAUGAGUCUGGAGCCGUUUUAUUUGGAGGUUUGUUACCUGAAUUAUCAGGAUAAAUGGAUUCUGUGAUUUCAAACCGUAAGUAUUUUAUUUGUAGAAUGAGGGUUAUUUCUGUCCUCUCUAUAAUCACACUAUUGUGCCUUAUCUGCACUGUAUGUGUGGUGCCCUGCAGAAAAGUGUGACGUUUAUU